AUGGGACUCCUCGACAACACAAAUGCCACCUCCUCCACCUCGACGCCGCCCUCCUCCUCCUCUUCCUCCUUCAUGUCCGAUUUUUUAGCUAAAUCCGGUGGCGUUGCGGUUAUUGACGGCGGACUCGCCACGGAGCUCGAACGCCUCGGUGCCGACCUUAACGAUCCUCUCUGGAGCGCCAAAUGCCUCCUCACUUCCCCUCACCUCAUCCGCUCGGUACACCUUGAUUACCUAGAAGCUGGGGCUGAUGUAAUAAUUACAGCAUCCUAUCAGGCAACCAUCCAGGGUUUCAAGGCCAAAGGAUUUUCUCAGGAAGAAAGUGAAAGCUUGCUCAAGCGAAGUGUUGAAAUAGCGCGGGAAGCGCGUGAAAUAUACUACGAAAGAUGCAGCAACUCCUCGUCUGACUGGACUGGUGAUGGUAAAGUUUUCAAACAGCGGCCUAUAUUAGUUGCAGCAUCUGUUGGAAGCUAUGGGGCUUAUUUAGCUGAUGGUUCCGAAUACAGUGGUGACUACGGUGACGCUAUGAAUGUAGAGUUUCUGAAGGAUUUUCACCGUAGAAGGAUUCAGGUUCUUGCAAAUGCUGGUCCUGAUCUGAUUGCAUUUGAGACAGUACCAAAUGGAGUUGAAGCACAGGCUUUUGCUCAGCUUCUUGAGGAAGAACACAUACAUAUUCCUGCAUGGAUUUCCUUCAACUCUAAGGAUGGUGUAAAUGUGGUCAGCGGUGAUUCUUUAGCUGAAUGUGGAGCAAUUGCUGAAUCAUGCAAGAAAAUUGUUGCUGUUGGAAUCAACUGUACUCCCCCCAGAUUCAUUCAUGAUCUAAUUCUUUCCAUCAAGAAGGUGACCACUAAACCGAUUCUUAUUUAUCCAAAUAGCGGUGAAAGUUAUGAUCCUGAUCAGAAGAUAUGGGUGCAAAAUACUGGCGUUUCUGAUGAAGAUUUUGUGUCGUAUGUGUGUACGUGGUGUGAAGUAGGGGCAUCCCUUGUCGGAGGUUGCUGCAGAACAACUCCGAACACCAUAAGGGGUAUUUACAGGGCACUGAGAUUUCCUGCGUCUUCAUAA